UACUACUCCUGCUGGUGCUGUGGCAGGUCCGCUGACGGUGGUGUACGCUGUGGAGUCCGGCCGGGUUCUGCUGCCCUGUGAUGUGGCGCCUCCAAUACCCACAGAUGACACCAUUCUCGUCCUCUUCUACCAUGGCGACAUUGGUACUCCCAUAUACAGCAUCGACGGGCGAAGUGGACCCAUCAAGCGAGCGCCCCAUUGGUCCGACGAGCAGACGCUGGGCACCAGAGCUUACUUCGACAUGGGCCGGGAGCCUCCGGGCCUCGUGCUGCAGCCCGUGGAGGCCAACGACGACGCCGAGUACCGCUGCAGGGUCGACUUCCGCUCCUCCCCCACCAGGAACGUCAGGAUCCAGCUGGAGGUGAUAGUACCGCCCAAGAGGAUAAGGAUUGUGAGUGAAGCAGGACUUGAAGUCAGCGGCGUUAUUGGUCCUUACGCUGUGGGUGCCUCCGUGUCCCUGGAGUGCCAAGUGGAUAGUGGCCGGCCCCGCCCUACAGUGUCAUGGUACCACGAGGAGUCCCUGCUGGAUGACCUUAUUGAAGUGAAGCGAGGGGAAGUGACCAGCAACUCCCUCACCCUCCCCUCACUCACCAGGGACUUCCUCUACCGCGUCCUCACCUGUCAGGCCUCGAACUCCAACCUCUCCGUUCCCGUCGCCGCCACCGUCACUCUCGACAUGAGUUUUCCGCCGCUCGACGUGCGAAUCCUGGGGACGGUGGAGAGCCUGGCGGAGGGGGAGCGAUACGCCAUCGUCUGCGAGUCCUCGGGUUCGAGACCCACCGCCACCAUCACCUGGUGGAAGGAUGGCAUGCUGAUGACGGAUACCAAGAGUCAGAUCUUCCACGAGGGAAACGUGAGUCGCUCCACGCUCUACCUGACGCCCUCGCUGGCGGACCACGACGCCUAUGUCUCCUGCAGGGCCAAGAAUCCCAUGGUUCCAGCGGCGGUGAUGGAAGACACCAGGAAACUCAACGUCCACUACACGCCCCGACUCUCUCUGGCCGCGGGAUUGAACUUGGACAUGGAGGACAUCAAGGAAGGAGACGAUGUGUACUUCGAGUGUGGUAUCAAGGCUAAUCCUCGAGUCUUCAAGGUCCAGUGGUUCCAUAACGGGGAGGAGCUGAGCCACAACGUGUCUGCUGGGGUGAUCCAGAGCAACCAGAGUUUGGUGUUACAGCGGGUGACCCGUCGCUCCUCGGGGCAGUACACCUGCUCGGCUACCAACCUCCACGGGUUGGGAUCCUCGAACGCCGUUCAACUCAGCGUCAAGUUCGCCCCUAUGUGUCGACCAGGCCAGAAGUUCGUCUACGGAGGAGGCAAGCUCGAGGAACUCAACAUCACCUGCAGUGUCGAGGCCCAUCCGGACCCCACCUCCUUCAGGUGGGCGUUCAACAGCUCGACAGAGUUGGUAGACAUUCCGUCGAGCAAGUUCUGGGUGGUUGGGAACGGGAAGAGCCAGGCCUCCUACACCCCCGUGACCCACCUCGACUACGGCUCCCUCCUCUGCUGGGCCAACAACGACGUCGGCAGGCAGCUUAAGCCCUGCAUCUACCACAUCAUUCAUGCCUCCCCUCCUGAUCCUGUCAACAACUGCACCGUGGACAAUGUGACUUCGACGGGCGCUUCUGUCCGCUGUCUGGCGGGUUGGGACGGGGGCCUCGCCCAGACCUUCACCCUGUCCGUCGCCCACGCCCGCGCCCACACCAGCGCCCACGACAGGAGGAAGGAGGCCGCGCCCAGAGUCCUGGCUAACACCUCCACGUCGCCCAAGCCAGAAUUUACUCUUACGGGGCUCGAACCUGGCACCGAGUAUGUGUUGACGAUUAUGGGGGUGAACAAGAAGGGCGAGGGAGAGCCUAUGAGGAUGGCGAUUUUCACCCUAAAGGAUGUGGCCGAGAAGAGAACUAGUCCAGGUGUGGGCUCACUGGCCCUGACCCCCAUCCUGGCGGUGCUGCUGGGGGUGCUUGCCUCCUUGCUGCUCAUGGGUCUGGUCAUCGCCCUGGUGGUCAGGUCGAGGCGCCCUCGACCCCUUAAACCCGAGGUCAAGAUGGUCUACGAUAAGGGGUCAGGGGCCUCGGUGCCCCUCAGAGGACCCGAAGACAGUACGUCAACUGACGACCACAAUCCUGAUCUCAUCCCCGUCAAUGAUGACCACCAGGUGAAGGAGACCCAGCAGAGCUACACAGCAAAGAUGCAACCAGUGACUGACCUGCACCUUCAGGAGCACACGCCGGCGUCCUCCCCGAGGCAGCAGCAGUCGCCCAGUCCCCAGCAGCACCAGCAGCAGAUGAAGGAGUACCUGCAGGGGCACGACGGCUCCUUCUAUAUCAAUCCUGGGACCCUUCUUCGGCAGAAGGGGUCGCUGAUGACGCGGGAGGCCGACCCCAUGCUACAUAUGGGGUGCCCACUGGCCGCUUCUUCGCCCGCCGCCCGCACCACCGCCUCCACCCAGCCCACAGUGAGUGUGGUAAGCACCAGCACCAGCAGCAGCGGGGCCGACACUCCGGAGAGUGUGAUGAUGGACGCCCCAGGCAGCUUCAAGAUGUCCAAGCCGAGGAGGAGCGCCUCUGGAAGCUUCAAAAGCGACUCCCGUGGCAGCUGCAAAAGGGAGUAUCAAGGAAGCUUCAAGGAAGACUACUGCAGGAGCUCCAAGAAGAGUUCCCCAGGCAGCUUCAAGCUGGAAAGCUCGAGGAGGAGCACUUCGGGCGGAAGUUUCAAGCUGGAAGCUUCAAAGAAGAGCCCCUCCGACAGCUUCAAAAACGCUUCCGGGAGCUUCAAGCGAGAAACUCCAAGGAGCCCCUCAAGGAAUUUCAAGAGUCCUUCAGAGAGCUUCAAAUUGGACAUUCCAGGAGGUAUGGAGAUCUCCAGCAUCCUGAACAAGGAAUUACUGGGGACUUACAGACAAGAGGGGCCAACCAACUUAAAGAAGGAAUCGACAGGAAGCUUCAAACUGGAAAUCCCAGGGAGUACGAGGAGAAACUCUUGUGGAACAUUCAUGACGGAAUCCCCAGCCACUUACAGGAGAGAGUCGUCAGGAAGCUACAAGCUGGACAUUCCGGGAAGCACGAGGAAGGGCUCUUGCGGGAGCCUGACAAGGGACACUCUGGGGAUCUUCAGGAGAGAAUCAUCGGGAAGCUUCAAGCUGGAUACUCCGGGGAGCGCGAGAAAGGGCUCAUCCGGGAGUUGCAAACUUCACACUCCACAGAGGAGCCCAUCUGGAAGUUACAAGAGUCCUUCGGGAAGCUUCAAGAGCCCAUCAGGGAGCAUCAAGAAAGAAUCUCCUGGCAGCUUCAAGCUGGAAACUCCAAAGAAAAGUCCAUCUGGAAGCUUCAAACAGGAAUCUCAAGGAAGCUUCAAAUUAGCCACCCCAAAGAAGAGCCCCUCCGAGAACUUCAGGAGAGAUUAUCCGGGAAGCUUCAAAUUAGAGACACCGAAGAAAAGCCCAACUGGUGUCUUCAAGAGGGAAUACCCAGGGAGCUUCAAACUAGAAGCCCCAAAGAAGAGCCCAUCCGAGACCUUCAAAAGGGAUUACCCAGGAAGCUUCAAGUUGGAAACGCCAAAGAAAAGCCCCUCCGAGAACUUCAAAAACGUUUCUGGGAGCUUCAAGCUGCAAACCCCACAGAGGAGUCCUUCACGAAGCUUCAAAAGAGAAUCCCCAGGGAGUUUCAAGCUGGAAACUCCAAAGAAGAGUCCGUCAGGGAGCUUCAACAGCCCAUCUGGAAGUUUCAAGAGUCCCUCUGGGAGCUUCAAACUGGAGGCCCAGACCAAAAGUCCCUCGGGGAGCUUCAAGAAGGAAUCCCCAGGAAGCUUAAAACUAGAAAUGCCAGAGACCACAAGGAAAGGCUCCUCGGGCAGCUUCAAACAGGAGUCACGGGGAAGCAUCAAGCUGGACACCGCUGGAGCUGUCAUGAUGUACUCCCCAGGCAGCAAGAGGAGGGAUAUUCUAGGCAACUUCAAGAUCGAUUCGUCAACAGAGGGGGCGCUGAUAGUUACGCAGAUGAGUUCGCCCUUGCAUCGACCAGGUUCUAAACCAGACAAGCUCAGAAUAGUAUGUCCUUUGGAUUCCAAGAUUCGGAUAGAGCUCAAGAUGGAUUAAAACCAAUCGUUCUUGAUCACACUCGGUUAUGCUAAGUUGGAAAAAAUUGGAACAACAGUGCCCAAGGGGAAAAAAAAGAGAUUUUGUAAGCCUGCUUCUUGAACUAAAAGUGAGACUUUUCGAAGAGUUUUUGAAAAGGUUCACAUGUUGAGAUUGGGAUUAUUUUUUGGGAGAAACCUUUAUUGCGUGUCAUCAAUAUUGGAGAACACAAAUGAGGAGAAGACUGUUAAAUUGGGGUGGACAUAAAUGUGCCUGUGUGUAAAAACUCACAUAAGAUUGUCAUAAGACAUUAUCCAUGUAAGGUGUCAUUAAUUCACAGUUAUUGUCUGAAGAAGCUGGAAACUUAUUUUGAGCCUUUAACGAGCUUAUCUAGGAAAUUGCUCAAACUCGUCAUUGGGUGUUUGCGAGUGUUUUUCGAUGCUCAGAUUCCAGCAAUAGAUAAUUUAAUCAGUAGAAGUAUAAUGAUACACUAUAGCAUUCCACAUUAUAAUCGAUGGGUAUUGGUGAAUGACGUGGCAAUUCUGUCUCCGUGAGCCGCUGUAAAGAACUUGGAGUGAUGAGAUGAAAAAUAAUGAAAUAAGACACAGGACUUUGUGCUAAGUGAUGCUCAUACUUAAUAUGAUCAUGUAGUUCUAAACGAUGUAAUUGAUGUGGAUUGAUGUACAAAUUGAACUAUUGCUGGGUGUAAAUCCUUAAUGAAGUAUUACUGUGUGAAUCCUUAUUGAAUUAUUGCUGAAUGUAAAUCCUUGUUCAUGAAUCAGCAGACUUUGUGUUUUUUUUUUUAAAUGGAAAAAGGUCAAACAAUUGACAUUCCUUCCCAAGACGAUAACAACAUCCGUUGAAACAUGAAUUUAAAUGUUUGCAUGUCUGGUACUUCAAUUAUAUGUUCUACUUUGUACUCACCUGACACCUGACACGAUCCCACAAGUGAAGGUUUGGAAAUCGUUGCAUUACCAGUAUGUAUAUUUGUCUAUUUACACCUGUCUUCAGUUGUGGGUGGCCCCUCACUGCACGCUGGCGUCUCUCCUGCCCUGGGAAGAGGGCGGGAGUUGGAGGCAAGAACGACUGGCCCAAAUUAUCUCGCAGUGGACGUAACUUGAUGUUAACUUCCCCCCAACCCAACCCCCCGGCUGCCUAUCGUCCCAGAGGAAGAGAAUGAAGUUGGGCGGCAAGGAGCUAGCGAUUCCUCUCAGUUAGAAGCGAGGGAACAUGGCUAUAUAGCCAGUGCCUCACACACACAGACACAGACAUUGUAACCAGACUACUGAAGCGUUAUUACGUUUUUUUAUAACAUAUAUAACGUUGUGGUUGUGUAUUUAUAGGGUUCCUAUAAGCCAUGUUUUUAUGGAAUCUAUAUUAUAACGGUUUAAGGCUACGUUUGUAAUUUUUAUAUUCUAAUUUUUUUUUAAUUAGAUUCUCUCCAGCAGGUGAUGAUCUUAGACGCCUGAAGACACCACUAUCAGAGGUGUCUGAUAGUGGCAUUUAACUCUCCAGACAAGUGAUUAAACUCUCAAUGUCACUUGAAUUAACUUUUACCAUUCACAGAGUUUAACAUUUAAAUCACCACUGGGACUCUCGCACGAAGGAUUCAACACCACCGUUAGUGUUGAAUCUUCUUAGGUGAGAACAAGACGAUACAUUCUUGUGUAUAGACGCGUGUUAGAAUUUUAGAAAAUGCUGCUUACAAAAUGUGGAAUUUAAAAAAAAAAGGAUCAAAAUUCACGAUCAAGAUUCUAUACUUGGAAUUUGCCUUGCCAGAGUUGAUUUCCGAAAGUUAAAUGAUUAUAGAUGAACUAGAUGUUACAGGAUUUACUGAAAAAAAAAAUUAAAAUAUAGAAACCAAAUUACAUUUUUCCAUCUAUGUGCGAGAAGGAAUCGCGAUACUUCAGUCCUAACCCUAGACAGAUCUAAGUUGCAACAAAUAAAAAAUAACGAAGUUAAGAACACUUAUGAUUUUUUUUCGAUUAAAAAAAUCCUUCCUUCGUCAGGACGCGCAUUAAGGUGAGAUUAGGUCACGACAGCGACUGCACCCACGUAGUCCUGAGGUUCCGGGUUCGAUCCCCAGUGAAGGCGGAGACAAAUGGGCAAAAAGUUUCUUUCACACUGAUGCCUCCUGUUACCUAGCAGUAAAUAUCUACCUGG